AAGAACAAGAAAAACACAAUGCCACUCCAACAAAUCAUCAUAGAUACAGACCCUGGGUAUGCGCCCUGUCACACAUAUAUAAUACCAGUCCACCGCUAACUACAAUAAACACCCCCUAGCGUCGAUGACAUCCUCGCUCUCCUCCUUGCACUCUCUGCCUCGGAGGAGGAACUCAAGGUCCUACUAAUAACACUGACCUUCGGCAACACUAAUGUCGAGAACUGCCUGAUGAACCUGGUGUCCAUGUUCCAUGUCCUCGAGCUGGAGCAGAAGUGGAGGCUGGAGAAUGGGCUGUCGGUUGGGUUUGGCUGCCUGAGCGCCCAUAAGCCCAUUGUUGCGGUAGGAGCAGACAGGCCGUUGGAGGAGGAUAAAGCUAUUGGGGGGGAUUACUUUCGUACGUUUUCCCCAGUUCCCCCGCGUGUGGUGGGGCUGGUGAAUUGGCUGACGGAUGGGGAAUGGGAAUAGAUGGAGCGGAUGGGCUACAGGGGGUUCAUACCACUGUUUGUUUCCCCAAUGCUGUGAGUUCGGUUGAUCUAGGGUAAACUAACGGCGAGAAACACUGGUAGGCGCCACAUUUUACCCCGGAGCAGACGUGGAAGCACAUGUUUGCUACUACGCCUGUGCUAAAGGGGGAUGAAGAGCACCCGCCGAAUUUCAGGCCUACGAAUAGUCCGGCACAUAAAGAGAUUCUGAGAAUUCUCGGGGACAAUCCAGUGGAUAGUGUGACCAUUAUUGCUGUUGGCCCUCUGACGAAUCUGGCCCUGGCAGCAGAAGAGGACCCGGAGACAUUUCUGCGUGUGAAGGAAGUAGUGGUUAUGGGCGGGAAUAUUGACGUUCCCGGAAACGUAAUUUCCCCACUUUCCCCGAUACCGUAUAUCAUACUAACGGGAGGAGCAAGGUAACACCCUGUGCUGAAUUCAACACAGUAACCUGCCCGCACUCCGCAGCUAGAAUCUACUCCCUGACCUCUCCCACCCCCUCCUCUACUGCACCCUCACCUUCCACCACCGCUAAGGGGCUAAAACCUAUUCCGGAAAUCCUCUCCCGCCGCCUGAAUCUCACUAUAUUUCCCCUAGAUAUAACAUCAUCUCAUCUCCUUACCCAAGAAACCUUCACCAGCACCAUAGCCCCCCUCCUCACCUGCCCUUCCCCAUCCCCACUAGCCCAAUGGACAGAAAUCUUUGUCGAUGCAACCUUCGCCACUCUAAGGAGAAUUUUCACUGGCAAGAACAUUGGCAACAUUGGACUCUCUCUGCACGAUCCUUUGUGUGUCUACUAUGUGCUCACCCAGCAGCGCGGUGGGUGGGAAGCGCUGGAGGAUAGGGACGUAAGGAUCGAGACGCGUGGGCAGUGGACCAGGGGUAUGUGCGUUGUGGACGACCGCGGGAAGAGAGUGGAGAUGGAUGUGACAAACCCCGUGCUGUUGGGGGAUGAGGGGGUUUGGCUGCAUUGCGGGUUCGGGAAUAGGGUCCGGCAGAUGGUGAAGAGUCCGGAUGAGGAGGGGAUGGCGGGGGAGAUGUUGAGGAGGAUUUACGGGGGGUGUUGAAGGAGGGGGAGGGGUGGAAGCUUGAGUGUUCGAUUGGUGUGUGGCUUGUCCUGUGUAUCAUGUUGGUGUUCUACUUGUUGGUUGAUUUGGUUUAGCAAGAAAGUGAUGAAUUUAGAGUGCGAUCCAGCGCAGUACAGACAUCGUAGUAAGCUCAGGUACGAUAGUUAAAC